AUGGCAGUACCACCGGCAUCAAGAGUGGUACUUUCGUUCCGAUUAUUCUACCCUCUCCUCCUCCUCCUCCUCUCAUCCUUUCUCCUCGAAGCCGAAGCAAACUUUAGAUAUCCGAGGGCAGCAGAUGCCCUCAGAAGCUCUAAGCGGCUUUCGGCUUUCGGAGGGCGUGAUCGUAAUAUGACCGAGCCCCUUCCGCGUGGUUUUAAGACAUAUUUUUACACACAACCCUUCGACCACGGCAACUUCGAGCCUGAUGGCUACGGAACUUUCAAACAAAAGUUCGUGAUGAACCGUGAAUAUUGGGCCGGACACAAUAGCACCGCCCCAAUGAUAUUUUACUUCGGUUCCGAGGGCAAACUCGACACACAAGAUCCUGGCUUUGUUCUCGACUUGUGUAAAAAUUUGUCCUCCAUCUUGUUAGCUGCGUGGUUUCGGCUCAAGUAUCCACAUAUAGCUGCGGUUGCCAUAGCCUCAUCGGCCCCCAUUUAUUAUUUCGACAAGAACAUGAAUUCACAUGCAUACGACCAGGUUAUAACCGAAGACUUUAAGAAUGUUAGCAACCAUUGUUACCGAACCAUUCGGAAAUCCUGGUCCAAAAUUGACGAAAUAGCAUCCGAGCCCGAUGGCCUCGCCAAUCUCACCCAAAAAUUCAAGACUUGCGUGCAAUUGAAUAAGAGUAGUGAGCUCAAAGGAUUCCUCGUGUCAAUGUACUCGUACGCAGCUCAAUAUAACGAUCCGCCAAAUCCGGCAGUCAAUAGGAUUUGUAAAGGUAUAGAUGAUGCCUCUAAGAAGACAAACGACGUGCUCGACCAAGUUUAUGAGGGCAUCGUCUCUUACUUUGGGAAUCUAACGUGCUACGACAUGAACCAUUUCGAUGCUCCAUCCGAAACCAACGAUGGAUGGAGUUGGCAAACAUGUUCCGCGCUCAUGAUGCACAUCGGGCAAGGUGGGAAAGGGAGUUUGUUCGAAGGGAACCAACCUUACAAACUGGGGCUGCAGAAGAGACGGUGCAUGAAAAUGUUUAAUGUCACGUCUAGGCCUUACAUGAUCUCGACUCAGUAUGGAGGCCUCAAUCUUAAGUUGGCUCUAAAGCAAUUUGGGAGCAACCUUGUUUUCACUAAUGGCCUGAAAGACCCGUACAGUCGUGCUGGGGUUUUGGAAGACAUUAACGAGAGUAUCGUUGCUAUAACUACUCAAAACGGUUCGCAUGCUCUCGACAUGGUUGCACCAACCGAGUCUGACCCAAGUUGGCUCGUUGACCAAAGGAACAAAGUGGUUCAGACAGUACAAAAAUGGCUCGAUCAGUACUAUGCUGAUCUCACCGAAUAUUUGAAGAAUAAUUAGAGCAAGGACAAGAAAUAUCGCGUCUUUAGCUUCCAAGGAGUCGGGCCAUCUAUGCAAGAAUAUAAUGAAAACUAUGUUGUAAUAGAAUUUACAAUAAAAUAACAACAAUAAUAGUGAUAGUACUAUAUAAGUUGAAUAAGUCCCACGAGGAUAAUAUAAUGUUGGUGUGUACGUAGUGAUAUUCUUAUUAUAGUAUUAAUGUGAUGGAUGUAGUAAUUUAGUUGCAUGCAUAAUAAGUAUUUGGUGUGUAUUGAGUGAUGAUAUAUAUAGAAGCAAUGAAGUGAUUGUCUUUGUAUUUGUAAUUUGUAAUAUUGAUUAUUAAUGGAAUAAAUAUAGUGUUUCGUUUAUAA